CAAAAAAGCUGAAAUCAAACGAGAUUCAUUUCAAUUUAAAAAUAUAUAAAUAUUAUACACUAUAUUAGUGGAAACUUUCGCGAAUGCUAUUUUUAUAAACAUUUGUGAAACAAAAGCAAAAAGCAAAAAAAAAAACAACAAUGAAUUAAAAGGAAUUGGUGAAAUUGUUUACAACAAAAACACAUUCAUAAUAGUGUAUUGUAAAUAUUUAUACAAACACAACACCAUCAAGUGCCUAUUUGGAAGCCAAUGUCAACUUUGCCUGGCAUCAUAAAAUCAUCAUAGAGGCAGCCCAAUCAUCAGUCAGCGAUGUCAUCAACAGCCACCAACAGCAACAACACGGAUCACAGCAAGCUGAGCGAUGUGGGACUGAUCGAGGUGCAGCUGGAUAGCUUGGAUUCCACGCACAAUUUCGCCGCCUCGAAUGGCGGAACACCUCGGUCCAAAACCCAGCCGGAUCAAAAGAAUGUCUUCAAAUCGAAGGUGUUCAUCAUUGCAGUGAGUUUCUCCUCGGUCCUCAUGAUUGCCAUGUGCAUUGGCUUUCUCGUCCACUACGAAUUCGCUGGCGAUGUCAGCGACAUGGAAACCGUUGCCUAUUGGCACGUCAAACUCCCGGAACAGCAACAAGUUUGGUACGAUCGGGGAAUCGAUGAACUGAGGCUCGCUUUAAAUCGUGAACUCAAUCGCCGACGGGCCAAGAAUGUUGUGCUCUUUGUCGGCGAUGGCAUGGGACCCAACACAGUGACCGCAGCUCGCAUCUAUCGCUACAAGGAGGAAGGUUUGCUCAGCUGGGAACGUUUUCCGCACAUGGGACUCCUGAAGACGUACUGUGCCGACAAACAGGUCCCCGAUAGCUUCUCCACAGCCACAGCGCUAUUUGGCGGCGUCAAGGUUAACUAUGAAACAGGCGGCGUCGAUGCAAAUGUUCCGCUUGCCAAUUGUACUGCCUCGCUCAACGAGAAGAAUCAUGUCCAGACGAUACUCAACUGGGCCCAAGUCGAUGGCAUGCGCACAGGAUUCGUGACCACAACUCGUGUCACGCACGCAACGCCAGCCGCUUUGUACGCUCACGUCGCCGAUCGUCGCUGGGAGAGCGAGGCCACAAUGCCAUCGGAGGCCCUGCAGCAGGGUUGCCUGGACAUCGGCAGGCAGCUGGUGCAGCAUGCAACAGGGCGACAGAUCAAUGUCAUUAUGGGCGGCGGUCGUCAGAUGCUUGUCUCGAAUGUCACCGACUCGGCCAGCGAUCCGCUGGACACGUGGGCAGGUCACUCGACCGAUGGCCGUAAUCUCAUCAAGGACUGGACAGACUACAAAGCCGAUCAAGGCGUCUCGCAUGCUGUGGUCCAGAACAAUGGCGAACUGCGGCAAUUGGAUGCCCAGAAUACGGACUAUGUGUUGGGGAUCUUUGCCAACGGUCAUCUGAAGUACGAUCAUGAGCGAGAUCAGAGCGAUGCUGGGAUGCCAUCGCUGAGCAACAUGACGAUCAGAGCAUUGGAGGUGUUGGGCAACAGUGACAAGGGAUAUUUGCUAGUGGUGGAGGCGGGAAUGAUCGAUCAGGCGCAUCAUCGUGGCAAUGCCCGCAAAGCACUGAGCGAGGUGAUUGCCCUCAACGAAGCUGUUCAAGCGGUUCAAGCGUAUCUCAAAAAGAAAGAUCAGCUGGAUGAGACGCUGCUGAUUGUGACCGCUGAUCAUGCGCACAGUUUGACCAUUAACGGGCAUCCGGAUCGGGGAGCAGAUAUUUUGGGCAUGGCGGGCACAUCGAAAACCGAGGGCACGCCGUAUACGACGCUGACGUAUGGCACCAGCUAUGAGGGCUUCCAGGUGGAUGCCGAGCGAAUGCAGCGUAAGAAUCCAGCGCUUACCGAUACCACAGAUUGGGAGUACACGCAACAGGCGGCGAUCAACACCAAUGAGAAUCUUCAUGGCGGCUCUGAUGUGACGAUACAUGCUCGAGGUGCCAUGUCGUAUCUGUUUCAUGGCGUGCACGAGCAAAGUUAUGUGGCCCAUGUCAUUUCCUAUGCCCUGCGCAUUGGACGCUUCCGUGAUAGCACAAUUGCCGAAUCCCUGGCAGAGCUGAUGCCGUUGUAGCUUUAAAUCUCGCAUAAUGUUGCCUUGGAUUUAUAUAUAUACCUUUUUCAUCUUAUUUACAUAUUGUGAUAACUUAGUGUUUUUUUUUUUUGUUUUUUAGUAAUAAGCGCAAAAUAAAUAGCCAAUGAGCGUUAGAGAUAUUUAAAAAUAGCGCUCUUGUUGUUUGGCGUUGCCAACCAGUAGACCGGGGCGUUGCCAGAUAUUGACAUUAUUGAACAAUUGAACUUGCGAAAAAAAUGAAUGUCUGUAUAUAUUGUUAAUUUCGUAGCAAUUGAUUUUUAAUUUUGUGUCGUAAAAAUAAUUGAUAGAACAAAUUGUUAUAUACUGCGUUUAGAGUUUUUAAAAUGCUAAAACAAUAAGCUAUUUAAAAUACCGCGCCUUUUUAUAUGCGUUUUGCUUAAUAUACCAAAAACCCAUAUGUAGUGUGACCAGUUGGUAAGCCAUCAGGCUUCUGCAUGUUGGUAUAUGGCGGUAUAUUUUAGUAAUUCAGUUUGCGGUCACGCUGUUUGUUGUGAAGUUCUGCCUGCUAGAUUGUUAAAAGUGCAAUUGUAACAAAAAAAAUUAAAUAAAAACAAGAACAAAAUACGCAUUGAUUUCCUAUAAAGAGUUUGCAUAUUAGAGCCGCGUUUUCGCUGACGUUUGGUGCCGAGUUAUUCUUUUUUUUUCGUUUUAUCUUUCGGAAAGUGGGUGAAAAAAUUAGCAGUGUUCAUUAUUUUGUUAAAGUGUUUGUUUGAGUGUUGCGUGUGCGACGGUCGCAUAGAAAAUACACGAAAAAAAGGAAAUAAAAUAAAAUAAGAAAGGAAACGAAUUAAGUUUGCAAAGGGCUGAAAGCCAGAGUGACAAAAAAGCAGCA